GAAGAAAGGAUCUAACUAGCAACAAAAGGAAAAAGACAAGUCAACCUACUAAGAAUCUUCUUGAUAUCAAUCACACACAAGAAAGAAAAAAACAAACAAACAAAAAAUCAAACGCGGUUUCUUGAUUACUGGAAGCUAAAUCGAAUGCUCAAAAGUUUCUUCUUCUUCGUCUUCCCCACAAACCCUAGAUGAGUUUGUAAUCAUCAUCAUCGACUUUUCGAGAUUAGUCAACCGUGUCGAAUGGAGAAUCGUAAAGGAUCCGAAGCUUUGACCACGACGCUUCGCAGUGCGAUCCAAGCUUUAGGUCGUGGUUUCGAUGUCACAUCCGAUGUCCGGCUUCUGUACUGCAAAGGAGCUCCUGGUUCAAGACUUGUUCGUAUCGAAGAAGGAAAAAACAGAGAUCUUGAGAUGUCUGAUGGAUUUUUUCUUCCUAAUGUCCCCGCUGAUAUCGAGUGCUCACUAGGCGAACCUUACAUAGAUAGAAUCUCUGUUUGCAGCUUCCAUCAGAUGGCGGCAAACUUUAAUGAGAGAUCAGGUGUAAAAGGGAACAUACCACUAGGAUGCUUUAACGCCAUGUUCAAUUUUACCGGUUCUUGGCAAGUAGAUGCAGCUUCAACAAAGUCUCUUGCACUUGUUGGAUACGUUAUUCCCCUUUAUGAAGUCAAACUGGCUAAGCUUACAUUGUUUUUGCGCAACGAGAUCAAACAAGCCGUUCCUUCCUCAUGGGAUCCUGCUUCCUUAGCUAGCUUUAUCGAAAACUAUGGGACUCAUAUUGUGACUUCGGUUACGAUUGGUGGAAGAGAUAUGGUUUACAUCAGACAGCAUCAAACUUCUCCUUUACCAGUAUCUGAAAUCGAGAACUAUGUCAACAACAUGGAGGAACACAGGUUUCACAAAGCAGAGACUCAAUCUAUUACUACUGAACCCUUAAAAUACAAAGACAAGGAUAUUACAGUAAUCUUUAGGAGAAGAGGAGGUGAUGAUCUUGAACAAAGCCAUGCUCGUUGGGCUGAGACAGUAUCCGCAGCUUCAGAUAUUAUUAACAUGACUUUUACUCCUAUUGUUUCUCUUCUCGAAGGUGUGCCUGGUCUACGGCAUUUGAGUCGUGCUAUCGAACUUUACUUGGAAUAUAAGCCUCCUAUGGAAGAUUUACAAUACUUCUUGGACUUCCAAAUAGCUAGAGCUUGGGCUCCUGAACAGAGCAACCUCCAACGCAAAGAGCCUGUGUGUAAAUCUCUUCACUUCAGCUUAAUGGGUCCAAAACUAUUCAUCAGCGCUGAUCAGGUAACGGUUGGGCGUAAACCGGUUACGGGUCUCAGGCUAAGCUUAGAAGGAAGCAAACAGAACCGUCUCUCUAUCCAUCUACAACACUUGGUCUCUCUCCCCAAGAUCUUGCAGCCACAUUGGGACUCUCACGUGCCUAUUGGUGCACCGAAGUGGCAAGGACCUGAGGAACAAGAUAGCCGUUGGUUUGAGCCUAUCAAAUGGAAGAACUUCUCUCACGUAAGCACCUCUCCUAUAGAAUAUACGGAGACACACAUAGGCGAUCUCUCUGGCGUUCAUAUUGUCACCGGAGCUCAGCUAGGUGUUUGGAACUUCGGAACAAAGAGCGUUUUGCACUUGAAACUACUCUUCUCUAAAGUCCCUGGAUGCACAAUAAGACGGUCUGUUUGGGACCACACACCGGUUGCUUCCUCAGGACGGCUCGAUCCGGGAGGUCCGUCUACUUCGAGUUCGGCCGAAGAGAAGAGAGAGGACGUGACUGGGCAGUCAGGGAAGCUGGCUAAGAUAGUGGAUUCGUCAGAGAUGUUAAAAGGACCACAAGAUUUGCCUGGACAUUGGCUUGUCACUGGAGCAAAGCUAGGCGUUGAAAAGGGUAUGAUUGUGUUGCGUGUGAAGUAUUCGUUGCUAAAUUAUUGAAAGGUUUUUAGAUGAGAUCUUGUUUUUUCGGCGGCCGGGAACUUUUGCGGACAGCAUUCUUUGCACAGCGGAUCUUCUCGUACAUGUUUCAGUUGCUUACAAGAACCCGUUCGGUUUGGUUCUAUUUUAGUUUGCUUUGGUUUUGUAUUGGUUGAUCUUUAAGUUUUGGUUCGUUUGGUUUCUGUAGAUGAUUUUUAUUAUAAAAUCAAAGAUGUAAAUUGUAGUCGGAUUCAACACAUGGUCGAUGUUUCUCAA